GCCACAAGCAUCCCUGGGUGCACGUUCUCCCCUGCGUGGAUGAUGCUGGCCACGAGCCUGCCUACUGUCUGCCCACCAUCUCGUUGCAUUCAGCUGUGACGCCUGAGUGUGGGCGCGGAUGUGACUGAAACGAGUGCAAAAAGAGAGAGAAGAACAAGGACAAGAGUUAUUCCAAGUUGGGGUGCGGUGCUGCCUUGAUUUCUUGGAUUCCAACUAGUAGGCGUGUCUUAGCGUCUGGUCUCCAUCGAGCUCUCAUGGAAGCUCAGGGAAUCAUGGCCACCGGUGACGGAAUUAUCGCUGCACUACCCUCGCUUGAAUCUUCAAGCCUGGACCCUCUCCAUGUGUUGCCUGCAUCCUCGUCGACCGCCGCACGAUCCCUCGCAACCUCAAUCCCCGCCUUAACCGCCAGCUUCUCCGUCGUGUCCGGCUUCUCUUCGCAUCUCCCUCCCCCGCCAAUAACCCCUCCAGCACCUUCAACCAUGGUGGGGUGGAUCGGCUGGAUCUUUUCCUUCAUUUUCCAGGUCAUUCCAAGUGUCUUAUACUGGAUCGUUACCUUUACGACCAUCACGUUGCCCACAUGGCUGUUUACGCUCUUUUCUAUGAGCCUGACCUUCACCAUGAACUUCACGACCUUACUCUUGAUCGCGCUGGCCGUGGUCUCGACCAUCAGUUGGUUUAUCCGCUAUCGUUUCCUGAACAUGUACAGUCGUCUGCCUCCAGAACCCCAGCGCAAGGAACCCCAGCUCGAUCUCUUCCCCGACGUACCGGACAGCGACACGAAACCGGGCUUGGCAAACUAUUUGGAUGAGUUUUUGAGCGCCAUCAAAGUCUUCGGCUACCUCGAGCGGCCUGUGUUCCACGAAUUGACCCGCACCAUGCAGACAAGGAAAUUGAUCGCCGGCGAAACGCUCCUGCUGGAGGAAGAGAAAGGGUUCUGUUUGGUUGUUGACGGCUUGGUCCAAAUCUUCGUCAAGUCCAUGCGGGACAGGAAGUCGGGUACAGACGAAGAGCUGAACCGCAUGGCAGGUGAAUCUUCCGACGAAGACGAUCAUCGACCGGACGGAAGGCAGGGAUACCAACUGCUGACCGAAGUAAAGAAUGGCGCUUCGAUGUCCUCGCUGUUUUCCAUCCUGUCGCUGUUUACCGAGGAUGUCCAAUUACGAUAUGCGGAUAGCUCAGCUUCCAGCGCUUCUAGUAUAGGUCCUGGUCUUGCCAUUGGCCCCGACUCGUUUCCGGCGAGCCCUCGGGAAAUGGACGACUCUCCUCAUGUUUAUCAAGGAGAUCGUCUUGACCCGGCCUCUCACAGGAACAGCCCGGCCGAAGACCUACCGGCUGUGCCACCAUUAAAUCUCGGCGAAAGCCAAGUUCCACCUGCCCACUCUGCUCGCUCUGGAAGCAGGAAGUACUCGGGCAAAACGCGUAGGAAGUCAGUGCAUCCAGAUAUUGUUGCACGAGCGAUGGUAGAUACGACAAUCGCGAUCAUCCCCGCAAGCGCAUUCCGACGCUUGACCCGAGUAUACCCGAAAGCGACUGCCCAUAUCGUCCAGGUUAUCCUUACGCGCCUACAGAGAGUCACCUUUGCUACAGCGCACUCCUAUCUGGGUCUAAAUAACGAGGUGCUGGGAAUCGAGAAGCAGAUGACAAAAUUCACAACUUACGAUUUGCCAAAUGAGCUGCGUGGGUCUGCUCUGGACCGUCUUAAGGACAAGUUCAUCAAAGAGCGAGAUCGCCUAGGUCAAGAGGAAGUUACCAAAGGGAUUGCGUUGCAUAACCCGUAUGGAGGGCGAAGACCCCGGUCGAGUAGCUUUCGAAGGAAGGAAGCCGCUCUUCAGGCAAAGAUGGCCGCGUCUAAACGGCCAGUCUCCAUGGUUGCUCAGGAUAGUGCACUGAGUGAUCGCGAAAACUCAGGUGUGAGUCCUGGAGAUCUUCUAUCGACCAUUCAGCUUUCGCGCUUCGGUCCGAGAUACGAGCACCUCGCCCCCCGGUUACUGAGUCCGCUUACGGAGAAAGAACACUCCCCCUUACGGUCCCCAUCUCCAAUGAUCCCGGGACGUGGAUCUCCUUUUCACCGGAAAGAGUCCUUGGACGAAGAUGCGCUCUUCCGUGAAUCGAUCCUGGAGUGCAUUAUGAAAGGAAUCGGCUUGACCGGAAGCACCAAUGACUUCUUGCGUAAGAGUAGUCACCCUUCAGGCGACGUUUCUCCGAAGCUCCUCUCGUAUGAUUCUCGCCGUCAGAAAGCCGUCUUUAGCAACAACGCGUUUGGGUUCAUUGAUCCCUACGAAGGCUCAGCGGAUGGUGAGAGCGAAUCCAUGAUGUCCAUGUCCGUUACCAGUGCCGGUGGCACCUCGCCCAUUGUCAACUUGAGGGAAGAGCUCCGAAACGACAUUGAAAUUGUCUACUUCCCUCAGGGUUCGGUUCUUGUUGAGCAAGGCGAGCGCCAUCCGGGUUUGUACUACGUCGUUGAUGGUUUCUUGGAUGUUGGUAUUCCCGUAGACGACAAAGAAGAAGACCUUGUGGGAUCAUCCAGACCAGCACAUGAGGAACUGUUCCCUACGCUAAGACGCACCAACACGAGUUCUUCUCGUGUGUCGGGAUCGGCAGCGGCAGCAAACGAUCCUAGGCGGAAGAAGCAGUCACGGAAGUCACUCUAUUUGAUUAAGCCCGGUGGGAUCCAAGGCUAUGUGGGCGCUGUCGCAUCUUACCGCUCGUAUACCGAUGUUGUUGCGAAGACAGAUGUAUACGUAGGAUUCCUUCCACGGGCGUCUUUGGAAAGGAUAGCGGAGCGGUACCCUUUGGCCCUGUUGACGUUGGCAAAGCGGCUGACCAGUCUGCUCCCGCGGUUACUUCUCCAUAUCGACUUCGCCCUGGAAUGGGUGCAAGUAAGUGCUGGCCAGGUGAUCUAUCACCAGGGCGACGAGAGCGAUGCCAUCUAUCUUGCUUUGAAUGGGCGUCUGCGGUCUGUACAUGAAGGCCCCAAUGGCAAGAUGACCGUUGUCGGUGAGUACGGCCAGGGAGAAAGCGUGGGUGAACUGGAGGUGAUGACCGAAUCGACUCGCCCGGCGACUCUCCAUGCCAUCCGCGAUACUGAACUCGCCAAGUUUCCCCGGACUCUCUUCAACAGUCUCGCCCAAGAACAUCCGGGAAUCACUAUUCAGGUCUCCAAACUCAUUGCACAACGGAUGCGGGACCUUGUUGAGACUCCGGUGGCCGAGAAGGGAAGUGAACCUGGUGCUUCUGGCACAGUGAAGACGGCAAAGUCGACGCUCAAUCUUCGUACUGUUGGCAUCCUUCCUGUAACAGCAGGAGUUCCCGUCGUCGAAUUUGGCAACAGGCUGCUACAGGCGCUUCACCAGAUUGGGGUGACCAACGGCGCCACGUCUCUCAAUCAAGCGGCUAUUCUGAACCAUCUAGGCAGACAUGCCUUCAGUAAAAUGGGUAAACUGAAGUUGUCACAGUACCUGGCGGAUCUGGAGGAGAAGUACGGCAUGGUCCUCUACAUCGCGGAUACGACUGUGAACUCUCCGUGGACGCAAACGUGUAUUACACAGGCUGACUGCGUCUUGCUGGUUGGCCUUGCGGAGUCGACGCCUAGUAUCGGUGAAUACGAGAGGUUUCUGCUUGGGAUGAAGACGACCGCUCGGAAAGAAUUAGUUCUUCUGCACGGGGAACGCUACUGCCCUCCGGGACUGACUCGCCAGUGGCUGAAGAAUCGUGUUUGGAUCAAUGGAGGCCAUCAUCAUGUACAGAUGGCCUUCCGACUGACGGCAGAGCCAUCUCAUCCCCAGACCAAACGCUUCGGGACAGUCUUAAAGCAGAGAGUUCAGGUCAUUCAGGCUGAAAUCCAGAAGUACACCUCACGCCGUAUCCGCCAGUCGCCCCUAUACUCCGCACAGACACCAUUCAAGGGUGACUUCCAUCGCUUAGCGCGUCGGCUCUGUGGCCGGUCUGUGGGGCUUGUGCUUGGUGGUGGAGGUGCCAGAGGCAUUGCCCAGGUUGGUGUAAUCAAGGCUCUAGAAGAAGCAGGCAUUCCCAUCGAUAUCAUUGGCGGCACUUCAAUUGGUUCUUUCAUCGGAGCCCUGUAUGCACGGGAUGCUGACGUUGUGCCCAUGUAUGGCCGUGCAAAGAAGUUCGCUGGCCGCAUGGGAAGCAUUUGGCGAUUCGCUCUGGACCUGACAUACCCUACCGUCUCCUAUACUACUGGGCAUGAGUUCAACCGUGGCAUCUUCAAGACCUUCGGGGAUAGUCAGAUCGAAGACUUCUGGCUGGAGUUUUACUGCAACACCACCAACAUUAGUCGAUCGCGUGCCGAAUAUCACUCUUCCGGCUACACGUGGCGGUAUGUACGUGCAUCCAUGUCAUUAGCCGGCUUGAUCCCGCCCAUCUGCGACGAAGGUAGCAUGCUCCUUGAUGGCGGCUACAUUGACAAUCUUACGGUCGACCAUAUGAAAGGGCUGGGUGCGGAUGUGAUCUUUGCGGUUGACGUGGGCUCGAUUGACGACAACACCCCGCAAGGGUAUGGCGACUCCCUGUCCGGGUUUUGGGCCGUGGUGAACCGCUGGAAUCCGUUCAGCUCGUGCCCUAACCCGCCUACGUUGUCUGAAAUUCAGGCGCGCCUGGCGUAUGUGUCCUCGAUUGAGAAUCUCGAACGUGCCAAGAACACCCCUGGGUGUCUGUACAUGCGCCCGCCCAUUGAUCCAUACGGGACCCUGGACUUUGCGAAGUUUGACGAGAUCUACCAGCUGGGAUAUGCGUAUGGCAAGAAUUACUUGGAGAAGCUGAAGCGAGAGGGAUCACUUCCGAUUCCCGAAGAGACCGAGGAGAAGAAGAAGCUCCAGCGGACUCUGGCGCCCCGUCGCGCCAGUAUCUAAUGUUCGUGUCCCUCAUACGAUGCUAUAGUUGACUGCGACCGAGCCGGCCGGGGUGGGAUAGUUCUGUUUUCCAUGUAUCACUCUUUUUCUCCCGGAUUUUCAGCGGUGAUCUUCUGCUUUAUACCCGAGACUAUCCCCCUCUUUGCUGUGCAAGAGUUGUAGAUAGAUACGUAUAGAUAGACGUGUAACCGAGAGAAUUCAU